CCCGUAUUACUCGGGGAAGUGGAAGUAGUGACGUCAUGGAUGGUGAGCCAAUCACGGAGCGAGGAGGAAAACGUCAUCACCAGCAACCAAUCCCAGGCGAAGAAAACGUCAUAGGCAGGAGCCAACCACAGACGAGGAAUACGUCAUCGCCAUCAGCCAACCGCAGGCGGCGUUGUCAUCCUGCGGAGACGGAGUGUUGUUGAGCUGCGACUCAACGAGGUAACCGUGUGGGGAGUCGUGAUUUUCCUGAAAUUUGAAAACACCUCCUCUGCGUAGUGAAGACCUGUAACAACAACGUUCGUUAUCUUAUAAGUUCAGAAAGAUAUAUUGUAAAGGACAGUAGACUGGCGAGUGCAAAAGUGAAUAUUGUUUUAGAAAAUAGCAAACGGCAGCGAGUUGAUCGUUGAUGUGUUGAGCGCGGUGAUGCACUGUGACGUUGUCAGACAGAAAGGACGACCCUCCGAGAACUUGGCCUAGCUGAGUGACAGAACAGUGGGCGGCCCGUGUUGUCUGGGAACUGUGAACGGGCAGGAGCGCCAGGUCUGCGGUCUCCACGUUGUGCUGAGAACAUUGUUUACUGAAAAGUGGUGACUAUUCAAUAUUGCGUAGAAAACGGAUAAAACAAAGACAGUAUGUUGCUAUACGCCCGCAAAAAGUCGCUUCGCGAUGAGCGCGUGCUGCAGCUGGUGCUGCUGCUCAGCCUGCUGCGCGGCGACCCCGACAGCCUGCUGGGGUCCCUGAGCGGGGCACCGCUUGCUGACCUGCCCCAUGAUCUCAUCCUGGGGUCAUCGCUGGGCCAUGCCCGCCCCUCCUCCCCCAUGCUCAUCGGUGCUGACCUCCACCCCAAGAGCAUGGACCGCGUGCUGGCGGACUACCAGCGGUCCGUGCUGGAGGACCUGAACGCCCUGGGCCGGUACAGCUGGCCGCCCCAGCCUUCGCCCGUGCUGACCUACCUCCUCAACUCCCACACCUCCUUCCCCUCGCCCCCCUCGGCAGACACGCCGGACCACCACCAGCCCGCCGCGGACCCCGCCACGCAGCCCUCGCACCGCCUGCCGGACACCCCGCAAGACUACAGCCUCACCGACGACCUCACGCCGGAGGACCUGGCACUGAUUGAAGCUCUCUGGAAGCAAGAUGUUGACCUGGGCGUGCCCCGCGAGGUGUACGAGGAUGACGGCAUGGACACCACCACGGACACCCCCUCCAAGGACAAGGACCACGGCAAGAAGCCGAAAGGCGACACCACCGUUGACGAGAAGCCUGAGGACAACCUGUGGAUGCACCUCAACUACACCGUGGACUCCGAGACCGGUGAACAGUUGCUGUCCCCGGAGAACCAUAUCAGCGGCGGGGAUGUGACCCUCGACUCCGUGUCUCCCCUCAACUCCCCGGCCUUCACCCUCAAUGAGACGGUUCCCGACUUCAACCUCGACUUCAACCUUGAUGAAGCCCUGAAGUUUGUUGGCCUGAACUGCUCUGAGACAGGAGAAACUGUGUGGAAGCCUGCAGAGUCCGAGUCCAGCCCGUCUGCCAAGGGAACGCCCGACAAGGAGAAGGAGGACAGCGAGGACGGCAUAGACUCCCUGAACGACACCCUGGACGACAUGAUCCAGGCCUCCCAGCUCCACCCGCAGCACCCUCGUUCACUACAGGUAAGCGCUUCGUCCAGGUGUCUACAAGCGGUGCCCAAUACCUGUCCUGCCGUGAGUGUUAUUACGUGUGUUUUGCUUCCUUUAGGUACACACAAAUUCCAUUAAUUACUAAGGUAGCCGCACACAACACAACACAACACUCACACCUUUACUAUACCUUCACCUCUCUGCACGUAACCUUUCUUUCCUCCCCUCAAAUCUUUUAUUUAUUUCA